CGGCUUCGGAGUCAGUCAGGCAGUUGGCCGCUAGUUGGUUGGUUUCAGCUCUAAAAGUUUUCCAAAUUUCAAGUCCUAGCGGAUCAAUGGUACAUCAACAAUACUGCACUUUGCUAGUAUUCUAAGCAACUAGAUCAGUUAGUCGAAGUCUUUCCACGACUCAAGCCCAGGAAGAAUAUAAUCUUCCGCCUUCCGCACAGUUAAUUCAUUCGUAGACUGCUACUUCGYGUGACUUUUCAUAUUGCAAGAAGAACCUGAACUUGAACGUCCUCCAUCUUCAUUGGGAGGUCGUUUGACUAGAUUGCAUCGCAUUACAAUCAUCCAGUUUCAUAUCUGAACUAGGAUAGUCAAACCAUUAUCGUCAAACCUUUACUAUAAUUAUUUUUAUCCUGUAGCGCACAUUAUUUGAGUCAGCUUGAAUUCGACGAAGCGUUGCAGAUCCUAGACAUGGCAUAUCAGAUCCUAGAGAAUGUUAACCAGCCUGGUACACGRCAAGAAACAGAUCAACUACUGUAUUUUACACAGUCAGUCAUCAAGAUGGAAAGAGAAAUUUCUCAAAUAACUAAAGAACAAAAAACUUGUGAAGUUCACAACCCACAGACGUUUCCUGAAAUGAUUUCUUACGCACCUGAAUGUUGCAGUCGAAUUGGGUUGGAUGAUAAUAUUUAUUCCAGACUGAUCGAGUCGAGAAAKAGUGUGCAGGCUGUUAAGAACGCAGAGAGUGUAAGACUUGCGGAGGAUUCAAGACAGGAAAGACUAGCAUCUACAUCGAGGGAGMCAGCUUUUGAAAAUGCAGUAGAAAGAAAGGGAAUACUUGAACAUAGCUUGGGGCCAAGAAAAAACUUGACAAAAUUUAGAGACAGAAGUAUUAUUAUGUGGACUCCACCACAAACACUCGAGGUCUUUGAACCUAAUAUAUCUUUAUCGAGAGUCUAUUUUGCACAAGGUAGUGAAAGCAAUAGUUAUCAAGUCCCUGCAUGUGAGAACAAUUGCGCCAAGAGUGAUCUAAGGAAAUUUGAAAGYCUUAAACUACCCCCGAACAAUAACUUAGCAGACAGACAAAAGAAUGAAUUCAUGGACAAGACAACUGUUCAAUUAAGGACACAAAGUGCGGCUAGUUCAUUGAACAGUCCAGUUUCUAAACCAAGGCCGCUUCUUGAAGGAAUGUUUCAGAAUCCGCAACCUGCCAGAAGAUACGGGAAACGCGCGGAUAAGCGAUCUUCGUCAGCAGCUGAAGAGUACCUUCUACCAGAUUGUAAAGAAUCUAGAUCUAAAUCUCUCAAUUGUGACGCAAUAUGCUCAAAGCCUUACUCCGUCAGUAAUGAACAGUUGCCACCUGAAAAGYGCUCAAAAUCUGAACAAGAUGUGCCUGAGACGAUUGUCAUACCCGAUGAAGAUGAAUUGGUUAGCACAAGGCAGUGCGGAAAUAGGGAGUCAAAUUUCUUGCAGGUUGUAACUGAUAGCGAGGGUCGGAUUCGAGUGAACGUUGCCAAUGCUCCUGCCACAGAGAGACAGAAUGUUGAAGUUACCAGACAGAUUAUUGCUCAUGAUCGAGAAGGACAUCUGAGCACCCUGAAGACAAAUCAUAGAGAGAAGACUCUUGAAGAAUCAAGGAAAGAUUACUUGGAAGCCAAGGAACGCUCUUCAAAAACGAUCAGCUUUGAGAAUUACACACCUGAGACGUGCAAUCACACUUCAGCUUUAAUAACAAACGAGCAUCAUUGGGAAGCUUGGAAAAGAGCAAACUGCAUUCCUAGCGAUAAGUUGGACUCUGAAACCGGUUUUCAUCAAUACACAAAACAUCAUCAUCAUCAUUGCAGAAAGGAACAACUCUGUGAAGGAGAAAGAUAUAUCAUCGGUUCCCAAGAUGAAAAUAAUAAUAUUUURGAAUUUGAAGCGACUCACUUGAAUGAAUUCAUUCAAAUUCCAAGACACGAAGUACCAGACAAUAGCUUCUCCAGCCAUGCAAAGGCAGCCAAACGAAACUUAAAUUUCAUGAAGUUCUGUGAUCAAACGACACAGAGAGAAAGAUGUACUGCAAGAUUGUUCAAUAUCCCAAAAGAAAACUGUUCAGAGAAUUACCAGCCUCUUUUAAAGAACGAUCGAAGAUAUGCUUGUAUGGAUAGGCAGGAUGCGUGCUGCCAGAAGACACAGKCAAGUGAGCACAAUAACCAAUUAAAAGGACCUCUAGUGGGGGUCAGUGAUAGCCGAACAACAAGCGAGCAAAGUUUUCAAAACAGAACACAAAGAUGCUCAGUUCAAGUUCCUAAGGAAGGCGAGGGAUGCAAAUGGAGUAAUGAAUUGGAAACAAACUCAAGACAAAAAACUACCGUCAUCAAAGACUUGGCAUCAACUGUGUUGCCAAGCAAUAAAGAUGAUGUACAAACUUCGUGUUCAGCSCCAAGGAGCAAAGCUAGUUGCAGUACAAUAAGUUCAAAAGAAKGUCUAUCUCUGGAGCCAAGGACAGAAAAGAAAAACAGUGGCGAUGGCCGAUAUCCUUGCGACUGGCCGGCCUGCGAGAAGUCCUACAGCCACUAUUCCUUUCUAGUUCUUCACAAAAGAAUCCAUACGGGAGAGAAACCUUACCCCUGUUCGUGGGUGGGGUGCAACAAGCAGUUCCGUCGAUCUGAUGACUAUCAAAGACACUACCGCGUCCAUACUGGUGCCAAACCUUAUGUUUGUGUCGUCUGUGGUAAGGGGUUUAAGCGCUCAGAUCAUAGAUUAUUCCAUUACAGGGCUAUUCAUCAUCUGAAGGACGCAAAUAAUAAAAGAAAGAAAAAAUAAACAUUAAAAGAGACAGAACAUAUAGCAAUUAGUGAAAAGAGAUUUUGAGCAUCUUAGAGCAUCGUGAAACGUCAGAUGAAAAAUAAAACAAUUUUCAGAAUUAGUGAAAAAGAAUCGAGAAAAUAGUAGAGAAUUURAAAAUUAUCUUUGGUAAGAAGUUUUGAAAAAUGAAAACGUGAGCAAGCCGUUUGCGCGAAGACAAACAUGUAGACGCUAGUAGAUUAUUUAGCUCGUGCAAUCGAGGGCCCUGAUAUUAGAACGAAAUCCAAAUUAAACUGUAUUAGUAUAUGUAA